AUGCUUCAUUCUACUUCAUCAGCUUCGGUUCUGAUUUCACUUCGGUUGGGAUCUCACGGUGGAACUCGUUUUUUUGAAUUCAAGAAGAUGAUGCAGAAUGAAGGUAUAGGUGUCAUUCUUACGAAGUUUGAAGGUGCAAGGGUGAUGAUAAUGAUGGUUCAAGAUUACCGUGAAGAUCCUCAAGACUACAAUCAUGGCAUACCACCAUUAAAGCGAUCAGAACCAAAUAUUCCUGUUGAUGUUCUUCUUGAGGCAACUAAGCCAAUCCAGCCGUUCCCUUGGGAUUCAGAAACAGACUUGAAAGCUGAUGGCUAA